AUCAAAAGCAAUUCUUUUUUACACAUUAGGGGAAAAAAAAACUAAAUUUCUCGAGAAAAUGUCGGGUCGUGGAAAGGGAGGAAAAGGUUUGGGCAAAGGAGGAGCGAAGCGUCACAGGAAGGUUCUGAGAGACAACAUCCAAGGAAUCACCAAGCCGGCGAUUCGGAGACUGGCUCGUAGAGGUGGAGUCAAGCGUAUCAGUGGUCUGAUCUACGAGGAGACUCGUGGCGUCCUGAAGAUCUUUCUCGAGAACGUGAUUCGUGACGCUGUUACUUACACCGAGCACGCCAGGAGGAAGACUGUGACCGCCAUGGAUGUUGUUUACGCUCUCAAGAGGCAAGGAAGGACUCUUUACGGAUUCGGCGGUUGAACGGGGGUUUUUUUUUGUGUGUUUGUAGAUCUGUUUCUGAAAAUUAGGUUUCAUGAACUCAUUGUGGGUAUUUUAGUAAAUGUAGUUUCCUUUUUUUGCUAUUUGGCUUUUGUAGUGUGUUUUCAUUUGCAAAAUUCUCAACAAUGGAAUCACAAUUUGGUGAAAAUUCGCUUUAUUACUCGUAUGAUUCGACUUUGUGUUUUUA